UUGACGUUAUACUUCUGUUUUAUAGGUGCAUUGAACGGCCUCUGGAGGCCAGCAUGUAUGUUUCGGAUAACUGUGUGAGUGUGAUUACGAAUCUGCAGGAAGCCGUAAAUUUUCUUCAAGUGGAACUGCUCGACAGUCAGCUGCGCGACGGUCUGGAGACCAAGAUCAAAGACUUCCUGUACGUUAAUAAGAAUCUGGAGCGCAAAUCUGUGCAGACGCAAAGAGAUCUGGUGCACGAACUAUAUGCUGAUUGUCUCGAGAUGCUGCUGGAUAACGCGACGUUGAGAAAGAAGACUUCAGACAAUAAGCAGUAUCAUUGGAACAUCAGAGUAUCGUUAGAGACUUACAUUCUGUACGCUUUGAGAGAUGUCCUGUUAAAAUCAUUGUCCGCUGGUACCACUGUAGAGGAUGCAAGUCUGAACAAGAUCAUUAGAAACUUAGACGGGAUCCAAUUGAGCGAUCUCCGAGUACGAUCAGACUUGCGGUCUCACGUUCACGGAGGAAAGAUGGAAUUGUCACGAUUGGACUCUUUCGUAACUGUGCUAGGCAAGAUAGAGUGUCUCAGAAGGAGCGUGAAUUACGUAUCGCACGGAACGUUGUCAUCCGUCACGUCAGACGAUUUCUUGCCGGUGCUUGUGUUCUUCAUCGUCAAUGCUGGCCUGUCGAACUGGAUGGCGCAAUUAUACUUUAUGAGACAAUUUCGUCUCUCCACGAGCUCUGCUUACGAGACAGACGAGACUGGUUUCUUGAUAACUUCGCUUGAAGCCGCGAUCAUGCACAUCAAAUCUGGAGUAAUCUACAGCGAUGAGAAAUACAGUACAUUAAUGAGCCAAUCGGAACACUCAUCUGUCAAUUAUUUAUUCGCAUGCAUCAAGAAUGGCAAUCUUUCCGAGGUGAAAAGAAUUUUAACGUAUAGCAGAUCCAACGAGGUCGACGAUGUCACGCUCUGUCAUCCCUUGUGCACCUGCGCGUCCUGUGAGCGAAAUUGGACGAAACAGCGGGACCUAAAUACGUGUCCCAAGGACGAUAAGGGUCUGACGCCGUUGCACAUCGCUGUGCUGCACGAUCAGAUUGUAAUCGUGGACUUUCUUCUAAGCCACGAUACGGAUAUAAACGCCGUCGACUCGGAUGGCCUGACGGCUCUUCAUUACACCUGCAUCAAAGGUCACCAGAAUAUCCUGCUGCUGAUGCUGCAUGCGAACGCGGAUCCUGCGGUAACGGACUCUCGAGGGAACACUCCGUUACACCUGGCAGUGGACCGCGGUCACGAGAACUGCCUGAAGGCGUUGCUGUAUCUGACGGAGCACAUGAGGAUACCGGUUAACGCGAACGUCGCAAACGACAACGGCGAUACCCCUCUGCAUCUCGCAGCCCGGUGGGGCUACUACGCGAUCGUUGACAUCCUCCUGGAAUACGGCGCCAGCUGCAGAAUGACCAACAAGAAGGGUCAAACGCCAUUAAUGGUGACAUACAGCGAAACCAUCGCAGAGUCGCUCAGAUGUAACGCGGCGUCAAGCAGCCUCUGCAACGACGUUGCCUUGUCCCAACGUCGUCCUCUCGUUCAGCCUUGUCACCAGUCGGUGCCUUUUCAGCAGCAGCAGCGUCGUCGGGGCACGUUGGAGAACAAGAGUCCGUCGCAUCCUAAGAGCUAUGCCAACGCGAUGCAACAUCGUAUGAUGGACAAAUUGCUCGCUGCCAUAGUCGACGGUGAUAUAUGCCUGGCGUGUUAUUACCUGGGUCUGGAGAUCUAUUGCGAGCGGCCGCCAGGCGUUCGCACGAGUCUGUGCCAUCAUCCGCUCUGCGACUGCGAACGGUGCUCGGCGCUCGGCGCCGAGGGUAAAUUGGAGCGCAAACAGAGGCGACGAACGCUGGCGAUCAACACCUGCAACAGUCUUGGCGAGACGGCGUUGCACGUGGCGAGCGCGACCGGCCGCACAAAGAUGGUACAGCUGCUGUUAGACGCUGGUGCGAAUGUGAACGUAGUAACCAAAUCCGAGGGCCGUACUCCGCUGCAUCUGGCAUGUCUCCACGACCGCGUCGACGCGGCGAAGCUGCUGUUGAACUGCGCGACCUGCGAUGUGGACGCCAAGGAUCGUAAGGGCGACACGCCGUUGCAUCUGGCGACCGUGGCCGGCAACGUCAAGUCCGUCAGCCUGCUGAUCAGAUCUGGUGCGUGCACCAAUACGCGCAAUCUGCAGAAUAAAACUCCGCUGCGGCAGGCGGAGGAGGUGCUAUCCGUCGCCUUCUCCACGAAUCGUGCCAAUAUACUGAAGGUACAAUUUUACUUCUCUGCCGUUUUAAACGUAAAAUCACUCCAAGAUGCUAAGACUAUUAAAGUUAUCGAAGAAUUUGCUUUUGAGAGAAAGGAACUGGUGCAGGAUGAACUGGCUAAAUUCAAGAAGGGCGAAGUUCUUCAUGGAUUUAUAGUUGAUGAAGUCUCAAGCAUAGAUGAGUUGUUCCUUACUGCAGUGAGGUUGACACAUUUGAGUACAGGUGCACAGUACCUGCAUUUAGCCAGGGACGACACUAACAAUGUCUUUUCCAUUGGAUUUCGUACGACUCCCAUGGAUUCCACAGGAUUGCCUCACAUACUGGAGCACACCACUCUGUGUGGUAGCGAGCGAUAUCCCUGCAGAGAUCCAUUUUUCAAGAUGCUAAGGAGAUCCCUGGCUACUUUCAUGAACGCUAUGACUGGACCGGACUAUACUAUAUAUCCAUUCUCGACACAGAACUUAAAGGACUAUCGCAACCUACAGUCAGUCUACUUGGACUCCGUCUUCAAACCGAAUCUGCGAGAAUUGGACUUCCGACAGGAAGGAUGGAGAUUAGAACACACGGAUGUCAACGACAAGAACUCUCCCAUUAUAUUCAAGGGGGUAGUCUUCAACGAAAUGAAGGGUGUUUUCAACGACAAUCAAGCCAUCAUGGCGGAACGUUUGUUGAAUUCUAUUCUACCAAGUCACACGUAUUCUGUAAUUUCCGGCGGCGAUCCCCUUGUCAUACCUAAUCUGCAAUACGUUGAUCUCCUUAACUUCCACAUGAGAUACUAUCAUCCCUCCAAUUCGCGCUUUUAUUCCUAUGGAAAUUUCCCUCUGGAGGACCACCUGAAAUUCAUCAAUGAUCGGUAUCUUUUCUUAUCUGAUAGAAUGGACAUUUCCAUGUCAGAAGUACCGGCAGAAAAGCGGUGGAUAGAAGCUAAAAGGGAACAUGUUGCGUGCAAACUCGAUCCAUUGCUCGCAGAUCCUAGCAGACAUGGCACUAUUGCCAUCGCACACUUAUGCAACGACAUAACUGACAUACAGACUACUUUCGAGAUGUACGUGUUGUCGCAGCUGUUGCUGAGAGGUCCGAAUUCAGCGUUUUAUAAAUCUCUAGUUGAGUCGAAUAUAAGCACUGGCUUUGGCCCAUUCACGGGUUUUGAUUCACAGUGCAGAGAUACGAUGUUCGUUGUGAGUUUGCAGGGCGUGAAGCCGGAUGAUUUCGAAAAAGUCGAGAGUAUCUUCGACAAGACUGUGCAGAAAGUUAUCGAGGAAGGAUUCGAGAAGGAUCACGUCGAAGCUGUCUUACACGGCAUCGAGCUCCAAGUGAAGCAUCAAACGUCGAACUUCGGGUUGAAUUUGCUCUUCAAUCUGACAUCAUUGUGGAAUCACAAUGGUGACUUAGUACAUUCGUUGCGAAUCAACGAUGCGAUGAAGAAACUCACAUCACGAAUGAAAGAAAACCCUAAAUAUCUACAAAGUCUAAUCGAAACUUAUCUUAGGGACAAUAAUCAUAGAUUGACGUUGACGAUGUCGCCGGAUGAAAAUUAUGAACAAAAUAAAGCGCUUGCCGAACAAGAGCUGCUGAGGACAAAGUUGGAGGAACUUUCCAUGGAGGAGAAGGAACAGAUAUAUAAAAACGGAAAAAUUUUGCUCACUGAGCAACAGAAAAAAGAGGAUGUUGAAGUCUUACCAACGCUGAAGAUAGAAGAUUUAAAAGCCGACGUGGAAAGAUACAAGACCUCCGAUUUAGAAGUAUCCGGAGUGCCUCUUCAAUUGUCCAUACAACCGACGAACGGGAUUUCCUAUUACCGAGGAAUACUCAACACGCAAGCGCUGCCAAUCGAACUGAAGCAGCUGAUACCGCUGUUCAACUACGUUAUCGCCAAGAUGGGCACGCAGAAUUAUGAUUAUAGGAGUUUCGAUCAGAUGAUGCAGCUGAAAACUGGCGGUCUAAACUUCAUGAAUCAUAUCGCCGAGCAUAAAGAGAGCGAAUUGAAAUACGAGGAAGGGAUUCUCAUAGAGUCAUAUUGUUUGGAUCGCAAUUCGAACGAUAUGUGGAAAUUGUGGACGGAGCUACGAAGCAAAAUUAGGAAUCUUCCAGCAAAUCGACGCUCCCAUUCCUCCCAGUAAUCGAGGUCUGACCAGAUUCGUAACUGGCAUUACGGACGAUGAUCUUCAAAGGCAAAGGGAGCAGCUAAAA